GUCCAGCUUAAUCAUAAACAAUUUCCGUUACUUAUGGAAACAGAGCGCGAAUUUGUAUUCUAGGGUUUUUCUGGUUUCCAAUUUCACCAAAUCUUCUUUCGGAGAUCUUGUGGUCAGUCAAGCAGCAAUGACGAAGAGAACCAAGAAGGCAGGCAUUGUUGGAAAAUAUGGUACCCGAUAUGGUGCCAGUCUGAGAAAACAGAUCAAGAAGAUGGAAGUCAGUCAGCACAGUAAAUACUUCUGUGAGUUCUGUGGAAAGUAUGCAGUUAAGAGGAAGGCAGUUGGAAUUUGGGGUUGUAAAGAUUGUGGUAAAGUGAAAGCUGGUGGUGCCUACACUCUCAACACUGCUAGUGCUGUGACAGUGAGAAGCACUAUUAGGAGGCUGAGAGAGCAGACCGAAAGUUAAGCCAUCUUCACUGCGUAUUUUCGCCCUCUUUGUAUGGAAAAAGAUUGCUCCCUCACUACACUUUUCUUCAUAUCGGUGUUGUAGGAAUUGGUUAUUUGAAGUUAAUUGAAAUUGAUCCCUUUCUUCAUUUCUUA